UAGGUUUUUUGUCUUGGAGAAUCUGCUUGUUGAAGGCUUUAAACUCCCAAACGCAGGUCUGCUCCGAUGGCGUUUGCGUAGGCCCGGGGGGACGCCGCUGUCGUUUGACCCCCGCGAUGGGAGAAGGGUGAUUUCCCUCCGUGAAGCCGUUUCUGUCUCGAUGCCCAUUUACAAACUAGGCAAUAUGAAAAGAAACCUGAACUCCAGCCCCUUUGAGGCAGUGAGCGUGAACAAGUCAGCAGCUUUGGUUAAGGAGGGUUGGAGGGGUUUAGGGUUGUUGCUCGGCUCAGCAUGCGGCGGCCACCGCUGCUGCGCUGCCUGGAGGGAGCUCGGUCUCCUUGGCCCCUGCCCAGGAGCUGCUCGCUCCCGGUGACGCGGUGACACAGGUACAGGAGUGCCGCUGCCUGGAGUACGGGAUGACCCGACAGCCCUGGGCGCAUCCCUGGGCUUGCCUCCCCGUGGCCCCGUCGCCCUCGACUCGUGAGGAGACGGUUGUACUCGCUGCGUAGAGCACGGACGUCUGUAGGGAUGGAUUUUUCAGGGCUUGAGGGUGUUUUGUUUCCGUGUUUUUCCUUUGGUGUGUGUGUUUAUGUAGUUUUUGCCUGGCCAGGUUAUGCAUUGGAGCACAUAAACAUUCAGGAGGAACAGUGGGGGUGAGUCCAGCUGAGACUUGUGUCUGGUAUUGAGGAUGUUCAGGAAAGGUCUUGGUGCUCCUUCUGAGUAAGAUUUCUUUGGCUAUCAGAGUGUUUUCUUACUGCUUGCCAGGAGGAAACCUAAUCAGACAAGCAUCUAUCUUCCAGCAACUUGCAUAAUCUUUUGUGUGUAAAUUAUAAUACUUCAGACCCGCAUGACUGCGCUUCACCAACUGGAGAAGGGCAUAAACCAGCCGCUGUGGGACCUCGCUGCAGGGGCCGGGUGGGCCGGCGCUUCCUCGUGCGUUUCUCUUUGAGGUGCCAGGGACGCUUCCCUGACCUCGGGGCAGAGGCAGUGCUAGGUGACCUUCACAAAGUCACCUCGUUCAAAUGGCCUGAGCUCUAACAGGUGGGAAAAAAAAAAAAAAUCGGUAUUUAUAGGCUGCCCGCAGCAGCACCUGAGACAGUGACUCUGAAGCAGUCUCUUGAUCCACCUCCUCACCCUCACGUGAUGGGAAGGGGGGGUCUCUUUGCACAGUUCCUCUCGCCUGUCUUUUGGCCAGAACCUCGGGCCCAGCGGGUGCAGGAGGUGUCUAAGCCUCCACAGCAUCUUAGAGCCAUUGAUGAACCAGAAAUAGAACCAUCUCCUACUAGAUUAUCCACUUAGAGACCUGCGGUUGCGUAGCUGCGCUUCCAGCUUGCAGGACUGAUUGUAAAUCCACUAAAAAUAGAUCUUUAUUUAACACUAGUCUUACACAUGCACCCUGUCAAAAUGCUUUUAAUUUUCCUUUUUGAUGCACGCUAUUGUAUUUUGUAUUCCUCUCUGAGAAUCGGAGGCAAAGGUGCUUUUCAGCGGUGCUGCUCCUACAGAGCUGAUACCGUACAUGUUCCAUAAAAUAAGCCGUUAAAGGUUCGUUUGAACACCCAGAGCCGCAGGACUAUUCAACAAGUGCUGUCAGAGAUAGAUGUCUAGUAAAUUAAUUGGGGGAGUGAUGUAAACCUCCAUCAUUAGGGGCAUAGGGAUCCUUCACUAAUCAGUAUUAUAAAUAGUGGAGGGGAAGACUUUUCUUCUUUUUCAGUUUUGCUCCUGAUGGAAGGUUGGGGCGCUGGCAGGGUCAGGGUGGAGAGGGGUGCGGGGCCGGUGCUGGAGACGGGGCUCUGGUGGCUGAAGCUGCAGCAUCUUCUCUCCCCCAGUUCUUCCAUUAAGCAGUCUGUACACUUAAUAUAGCUGCUGAUUGGAAAUUGUUCCCCUGAGCGUAGAUUCUUUUAUCUUUAUGUAAAUGCUUGUUCAUGCUCAGUUUUUAGGCUGUGUAGUUUGCUUGCUUUGUCUGUCACUUGAGAGAGGUUUUAUAAGCUGUGAAGAAUUUACUUAUUUUUCAGAACAGGCAUGUUCCAUUUUGUGGCUCUCGCGCUCAGCUCGGGAGUGAUGUGUUUCCCCUUGUCAGCUCUCUGCUCCCUCUGAGUGACGGGGGGUGACAGUGCACGAGGAAGGCACGGAAACGUCGUAACCUAGGGAGGGUUUUUGAUUAGCGGAGAAAAAAGUGUGAUGGAGCUGUAUUGACUCAGAAUUAAAAUUGUUUACUCUCUCUGAAUAUGGCUUAUCACUUUCUUUGAUCCUUUCUUUAAUCUCUUUGUGUUUUUCUUUGUGUUUUGUCUCAGGUUACGUAGUUCUCAAAUUUCCGUCUCCUACCAGGUUAGCACCACUGAUGCUUCUGAUCUUCAGGCAUCUGAAAAAGAGAUGGAUAUGAUUUCAGAAAUUCUUUUUAUCACAAAAUACAGUUGAAGUGCAGAACUACAGUGGGAUGGGUUGGGUUUUCCCUUUACUGGCCAAGGUUGGAGGUGGUACAGAGAUGCGAAUGGUGCCCUGCGCAACAUUUUUAAUUUUUAAAACGUCCUGUCCACGCGACUCCAGAAGGCGGAGGGUGGGUCUGCGCCGUGCCACGGUGCUGCAGAGGCUCAGUUCUAGAUGCGGCUGACGGCAGCGGGGCGUUGGGGUUCCUCCACGGCCUUUGCACACAAGUCAGACGGAAAGGCGGCCGCGGGCCGGCGAAUGAGAUCGGGGUCGCGCAUCGUUGUGGCCGUGACGUUAGGGGAAUUCAGACCACAGUUAGGAUCAAAAAAUUCCCAAGUGAAUACCUGUUGCUGCUCUUCUCGAAGGUUUCGGGCCACGUCCUGCGCCUGCCCCACAGUCUCUCGCCCGACGGGACCCAGAGGCCCGUCGGGCUCCUUGGAGCAGCGCUGGUGCUGCCGCGGAGGGGCUGCAGGGUGCUCCCGCCCCAAAGACACAUCGUGGUGAACAUCUACUGCAGCUUAGCUUUGUUCAUCGUUUCCUGUUUGCAUGGGUAAUCUUACCCACAGAAAUGUCCAGUCCUCUUUUGGAAUCCUUGAGUUCUUGCUUCUAGACAUUUUGGAGCAGUAAGUUCCACGGGCUUAAAAAAAAUUGUAAUAACCUCUUUAGUUCUUCGCAUGUAAGUGGCAGUUCUGUUCUCCAUACAGUAUAUGAAAGGAUGAGUUGUUAUUUAUUGUAUUGCCUCCUUAAUAUCUGCUUUUACUCAUUUUCUUUCAAAGGCAAACAGCCCAACUCUUUCUAGUGUCUCUAGCCAUCAUUUUUUUUCCGCAUCCUUUGCUGUUAUUGUUGUCCUUUUCUGAAUUCUGUCCUUCUCUGACAAGAAUUCUGAGUCUUGCCCGUGGUACCCUUCUUGAGAUGGAGCGAAGAUGAAAUGAAUGCAGUAAUCCAAGGCAGGUGCUGGAAAAUUACUCUGAUGCUCCCAUGACCCCAAAACAGAUUCUGCAGGUCAUAGAGGCUGAAGGACUAAAGGAAAUGAGUGGCACUUCUCCCCUCGCCUGCCUCAACGCCAUGCUCCAUUCCAACUCACGGGGAGGCGACGGACUCUUUUACAAACUGCCCGGGCGCAUCAGCCUCUUCACGCUCAAGAAGGACGCCCUGCAGUGGUCUCGGACUCUCUCGGUGCCGGAAGGGGAAGAGCUGGAGGAUACAGCAGACGCGGAAAGCUGCGAGUCCAACGAAGCCAGCACUGUGAGUGGUGAUAACGAUGUGUCUCUUGAUGAAACCUCCUCCAAUGCCUCGUGUUCCACGGAAUCUCAGAGCAAGGGACCUGCUGCUACCAGGGAGAGCUACAGAGCCGCCUCCCAGACAACCAAACAAAAGAAGAAGACUGGUGUAAUGCUGCCACGUGUUGUCCUAACACCACUGAAAGUAAACGGGGCGCACAUGGAGUCUGCCUCCGGCUUCACAGGAAGGCACGCUGACGGGGAGAGCAGCAGCACAUCCAGCAGCAGCAGCAGCUCCCUGGCCCUGUGCAAAGCCACCUUGCGCAGCAGAACAGAAAUAAACCGGGAUCCUCCGCAGCUUCUGAGGGGUAUCCGAAAGCCCGCAGCUGGGCAGAUGAAACGCAACAGGGGUGAGGAUAUUGACUUCGAGACGCCCGGUUCCAUUCUUGUCAACACAAACCUGCGAGCUCUGAUCAACUCCAGAACCUUUAACGCGCUCCCCUCGCACUUCCAGCAGCAGCUCCUUUACCUCCUUCCCGAAGUCGACAGACAGGUUGGGGCCGACGGGCUGAUGCGUCUCAGCGGCAGCGCCCUCAAUAACGAGUUCUUCACCCACGCUGCGCAGAGCUGGAGGGAGCGCCUGGCUGACGGUGAAUUCACCCAUGAGAUGCAAGUUCGAAUUCGGCAGGAGAUGGAAAAGGAGAAGAGAGUGGAGCAAUGGAAGGAGAAGUUCUUUGAGGACUACUAUGGACAAAAGUUGGGCUUGACCCAAGAGGAAUCCCAGGAGCAGAAUUUGGUGCAAGAAGAUGCCGAGAACAGGACGGGGCUGUCUGCGAAGGGAGAAGCGAGGCUGGCGCGCGGCCCCGCGGCGCGGCAGAGGGACGGGCACUUCAAAAAACGCUCCCGGGCCGACCUGCGCUGCAGGGCCAGGAGGAGCCUCUACAAACUGCGCGAGCCCGAGCAAACCGAGGCGGCCAGAGAGGCUGCCUCUGUGGGGCCAGACUCCUCUCUUCACAAAGAGACAAAGCCUGAGAUGGACCUGAAGAAGGAUGAUCUGACCAGCCCUGCGGCGGCAGCACUGAAGGCAGAGGGUUCAGAACUGCACCUCUCUCCAGAGACUUCCAAGUUACACAGUAAAUCGGAAGAUCUGCCGCUGGCAGCUGCAAACAGAAUUCCCAGUUUGCCCCAGGAGAACUCUGCUCGGGAGGCCAAGGACCAGAAGAGGAAAUGCUUUGAGGAGGCUGCCUCUGCGUCCUUCCCCGAAAAGAAGCCCCGGCUUGAAGAUCGUCAGUCCUUUCGUAACACAAUUGAAAGUGUUCACCCAGAAAAGCCACAGCCUACUAAAGAGGAGCCAAAAGUCCCACCCAUCCGGAUUCAACUUUCACGUAUUAAACCACCCUGGGUGGUUAAAGGUCAGCCCGCUUACCAGAUAUGCCCCCGGAUCAUCCCCAGCACGGAGCCCUCCGGCCGGGGCAGGGCUGGGGCCAGGACUCUCGCAGACAUUAAAGCCCGCGCUCUGCAAGCCCGAGCCCAGCGAGAAGCCGCUGCAGCCGCCAUCGGGGGCGGGGGUGGCCCGGGCGGGGGGAGAGGCCCUGACGAAGGAGGUGGUGGGGGAGAACCCGGCGGCCGCUCCGAGCGCAGGAGAUCCAAGAGAACUCGUGGAAAGCGUUCGUCAGAUCUACAGCGAGCACAACUACUGUCGCCUGCCCAUCUGAGCGCGGCGGAGGUGAACCCCGGGGGGGCUGCCACCAAUUCCUUCCUCUCCUCAAGACAAGAUCCCUUUUCCUCGAAGAGCGAGGGAAGCGGCGACCGGGAGCGGGCUGCGGGCAGCAGCUCAGGGGGGGCUCGGCCCAGCGGCCGCUCCCCCAGGAGGCAGUUGUGUGACGCUUUGACUGGGCCGUCUCUAGGCAGUGCAACCCCGGAGAGGCAGGAGGAGAGCCCCGAGCAGCUCCUCUGUCACCCAAGGACCGAAACCCGGCCUUGUGCUGCGUCACAGGAGAGGCAGAGCCCGAAGCUGAAGCGCGCGGUUCCUCCGGUGAACGGUCUGUCGUGUUCUCGGGGGCAGGGAGCUGCGCUCAGCCCGGCGGGAGACGGGCCCGUGUCAGAGCCCAGAGCUGGCCGUGCUCCCGCCCUGCAGCUGGAUUGUCAUUCUGACCUGAAGGAAAACUCCUCGAGUUGUCCUGCUUUGCUGCCAGAACUGCCAUCGGGUGGUGAGGAGUGCCACGAGCCAGACACGGUAUCUAGGUUUAGAUUUAACGGCUCCGAAACAUUGGUGGAGAAACGUGUCGCUGCGGGCGAUCGCCUCGACGGGGGGACUGCGGGGUGGGGGGCAGCCCCUGCGCCGGGCGACUUGGCGCGGCUGCAGGCGGAGAGAGGGAGUGGUGGCCGAGUGAGCAGUGAGGAACGGGGCGCAGAGCCUCUGGGGAAACCCUCCUCACACGCUGACUUCAGCUCUCAGAGCAGGGUGGAUACCCCCGAAAAACCGCGGCUGCGGGAGCGGGGCCCCAGAGCAGAAGCAGAAAGCGCCCGCGCGCCGCUGGGGGAGGCUCAGGAGUUCGCGGCGAAGGGAGACGAUGAAAUCCGGAGCACGCACAGUGAAACAACAGACACUGCUUCAGACUUGGAAGCUGACGAGAAUGGGGGGAUGGAUGGAUGCUGCGGAAGCGUCGCCUGCAGGGAGGCGGCUGGGAAAGAGUCCCCCUGCCCCAGCAGCACUGAGAGAUGCGAUGGGAUUAGAUCCAAAGCAGCCGGGGAACGGGCUGGUCCGGCCUAUGCUGUGGAUUUCCCUGCGGGCGCAGCGAUGAGCCCCCCACCUCCGCCUCAGAGGUCCCUGCCCCAGACAGCCGAGCGGCCCGCGGGUUCUGCUCGGCCCGGAGCCUCUGGAGAAACCCCCAACCCUUUGGUGUUGCAGCUGCUGAAGGGGAACCUUCCGCUGGAAGAAGUUCUCCCCGUACCUCACGCCAACAUCAAGCUGGAAAUGGUGCAGGCGCCGCCGGACGCGCGGUCAGAAAGCCUCUCCCUGCAAGUGGAGGGAGGUAGCGGUUGCUGUUUUGGCAAAGAAUCUUCUCCGGCUGUAGCGAUGAAGACGAGCGCCCAAAGCAGGAGCGAUGACUUCCCCUCGGUGAGAUCUUCCGCGGACCCCCAGGAAAGGGAGCCUGGGUCCGGGGGGGCGUUGCCGAGCGCAGAGGAUGCGGAGGAUCAAUCUAUUCCAGAAAAACAUUCCAAAGGUGGCUCGACUUUAAGCUGCCAAGACCAACUGGCCAAUGUGGCAAGUGCCUCUCAGAAGCUUGAAGACACGGGCCCUCGGGAAAGAACAUUUUCUUCCUGUAGCUUUGAGGAGCAAAAGGAGUUGUCCACGGUCCAUCGGGUGCCUCAGCACGACCCCUCGACAAGCGUUGUCACAAGUGAAAGUCCAGAGAAGUUGAACGUCUCUGUGGAGCCUCAGUUUUUAUCUCCAGCUGUAACUUCUCUUGGUCCGGACCAGACAGGAGGUGCAUUGGUCAAUAAAAAUUACGUUGGCGUCCAAGGCAAAAAACUCUUUGGCUCUGGUUUUCCUUGCAGCCCCGCUGCGAGACCGCAUCGCGCCGGGGCUUUGGAUCAAGUUCCAGCGGCGGGAGCCUCGUCCCCCAGCAAACAGGUUCCCCUGAGCAAGGGCUGUGCAGCGGGAGGAGGAGCGGCCCCGCGCGAGGGCUGGGCCCCCAAGCAGCACCCCGGCGCCCCGGGAGGGGGGAGGAACGAGAACGUGCUGGCGGGGGACAGCCCGGGCAAGAGCAACGCGGAGAACCAGAAGGACGCGGCCCCGAGCCCCGCGGAGCGUUUGCGCAGAGUCCCGCUGGUCAUGGACUUGCCGUUUUUUAAGUUUUCGAGGGAACCGGGCAAAGGACACAACCACCCUCUGGAGCCUUCUUCCAUACCCUCUCAGCUCAACAUCAAGCAAGCAUUUUAUGGGAAGCUUUCGAAGCUGCAGCUUAAUUCCACCAGCUUUAAUUAUUCAUCCAACACUCCAGCUUUUCCCAGAAGUCUGGCUGGGAGCGUGAUGCAGCUCACCCACAAAGCGAACUUUGCUGCAAACCGUAACGCGUCCCUCUCGGUGCAGAUGUUUGCCGACAGCGCCCGCGUUGACGAGAUCUCCUUCAAGUGCUCGUGCAGCCUCAAAGCCAUGAUCAUGUGUAAAGGCUGCGGGGCCUUCUGCCACGAUGACUGUAUAGGACCCUCUAAGCUCUGUGUAUUGUGCCUUGUGGUGAGAUAAUAAAUUAUGGCCAUGGGACAAACUGUAUAUUCAGUGUGUGUAUUUUGAUAACGACUGAUCCUAAAGACCUGUACACAAAAUACGAUUCUGUUUAUAGUAGAAAUGAUAUUUCACUUUGUUUUGGUGAGGAAAGUUGACUUGCCUUCCCACUGAAAGCGACAGUGCAGGACCCUUUCUUGCCCGCGGUCACGCUCCCGUCUCGGUGGGCUGCGCCCCCCCGGCGACCCUCCUGCUGCCCUGGGAAUCCGGAUCCUGCCCCGGGGCCGGCACCUGAGCCCGCGCCUGUUCGCUGUGGACCCUCGCUGGAGGAAACGUGCACCCGAGGACCUGGACAGGGCGUUUCUGUGCCGGGGCUGCGCUGGGUGAGGCCCCACAGUCUUCCACUCUCCCCUCCUGCCGCCUCCGGCCCUGCUUCGCGUGGGGAGCGCCGGGACGCCGCACGGUGCGGGGGGCCCAGCAGAGCCGGGCGGCUCAGAGCCCCCCACGGAGCCCGACGGAGGACACAAGAAGAAGAGGAGGAAAAAAAAUACAAGCAGCAGGUGCCAAGCGCUGGCCUUCCGCUGGUGUGCGGGAAGACGUGCGGCCCCGGGACCUGCCCGGCUGGACUCGGGGACCAGGUGACGCCGCGGCCCCUCCCGGCCGCCUUCCACCGACGCGUGGGAGCUUGGAGGCUCCCGGCGGGUCCUGGCCCUCCCCGGCACAGCGGCAGCGUCUGACCCCUUGCAGGCGUCCAGCUGUGCAUCUGUGUGACCAUCAUCUAACAUCUACAGCAGUGUUUUUAUCUCUCUUUUUUUUUUUUUUUUUUUUUUUUAUAUUUUCAUUCUUGGAUGUAUAAAGUGAAUUAUUUGACUCCUGUAAGUAUCCUCUAUGCAUCUGUUUGAUCAUGUAUUUAUAUGUUGUACACAGUACUGGCCAACUCUGUAAAUGGAUGUAAUGUACAUAGAACAUAAAAGGUUCUUUCUUUUUUUGGUUCUUUUUUUCCCUUGGAUUUUCAGGCUCUACAGCAGUAUUGCAUUAAAGUGGUGUUAGUUAUUAAUCUGCAUCUGUAGUCAGAGCCACUGUAUUCUGUCUUACCUAACGUGAGGCUCGACAUGCAACGGUGUCUGGGUUCUGGCAGCUCCCUCUGCCCGUGGACUCUGCCUGGGGCCGCGCCGAGGCCGCCGGACUCCCCGCUCGCUCCUGAGCUGCCGCCGGGGCUGGAGUGGAGCUGCCGGAGGGGGAAGGUCCUCGUGCGUCCGGAGAGAGAAAACGUGACUCUCUUCCUCUUUGGAGCAAUUGCUGAUCCAGAAGGAAUUGCUUCAGCGAGGGGAGAAGUCGGCCCCUUCUGUUUAAGCAGGCAGCAGCAAGAAUUGUAGGGGGUUUAUUUUUAUUUUUUCUUCUUGUCCCUUUUCUAGCUCUGUCCUACCUCCCUUGACCAUGCACUUUGGUGUUUUUAAACCGUGCGAGUCCCUAUUUGAGAUGCCUGAGGGAUGCAACAAGUGUAGUCUCUGAACUGGUUUAUCCUUAAUGCAUCCGACAGCCUCACGUUGUGGGAUGGGGAGAGACCAACGCGCCUGAGCGCGCGGACCCCGGCACGGACAGAUGGAUGGACGGACAGGCUGCGGGGCUGGUGCUGGCGGAGCGGAGGUGGGAAACCUGCUUACCAAAGAUGGGGAGCGGAGCUGGGGCCUGGCUCUGCCUCCUCCGGGGCCACGGGAGUGUACGGUGGAAGUGGUCUGGUGUGCAGAGCCCUCGGGGGGGCCUGCCCGUGUAUGUCCCUUGUGGUAUUGGAAAAAUAAAACACUGUAAAACCUGCA